GGCAGGUGGGAAAUCUGAACACGUGCUCAUUAAUGCGAGCGAGACCCCGCGGGCUCUUCACAAGAACGACCCUCAAAGCAAGUGCACGAGCGACUACUGCGACUCUGCCUCGGGCGCAACAACUUUACGCGACUAUUGCAAUUUGUUAUCUGCUCCUCUGACGUCAGACUCAUCGGCGUUAAAAACAACGUGCAUCUGUGCCGGCGUUUGUUAUGAUUUUUUUAUAUACAACUUCACCAUGCUGAGAUGAAUUUUGGACUGCACAACAGUUUAUGCCUGUUUGUGGAAGAGGUAAAGAGAAACAAGCUGAUGGACGAUUAACCAUAACUUCAACUCCACUGAACUGAUGACUUGCAUCUGGACAGCGACUUUGAUGCUCUUCUCAUCAUGUCAUUCACACAGUUUGGCUAUUCAUACCCUGCUGCACAACAGCUCCUGAUGUCAUCUAAUGCACUUGGCGCUUGCUAUGAAUCCAGCAGUGGUUCUCUAUUGGACACUGGGGUGGCGACUUCACCUCCAAACUCGCUUUAUUGCCCGGUAUAUGAAAGUAGGCUUGUGGCCUCUGCGCGUCACGAUCUGAUGCCCACCGCUGUCUAUGGCAACACCUGUUCAAAGAAGCACAGUUAUGAUACUUGCAGCACGUAUGGUCCAGAUUCAGCUUCAUUUUAUCCUCUGAGCAAAGCGAGUGAGAAAGAUGGAGCAGCGACAGGAGUUUCUCGAAGCUACUACUCGUAUGACCAAUCUAUUGGACAUUACCAAUAUGACAGAUACGGAUAUGGAUCCGUGGACAUUGGCACAAGAAGGAAAAACGCAACAAGAGAAACAACCAGCACAUUAAAGACGUGGCUGCAGGAACAUCAAAAGAACCCGUAUCCCACCAAGGGUGAAAAGAUCAUGCUGGCCAUCAUCACUAAAAUGACCCUUACGCAGGUGUCCACCUGGUUCGCCAACGCGCGCCGCAGACUCAAGAAGGAGAAUAAGAUGACGUGGUCACCGCGCAACAAGACAACAGAAGAGAAAGACUGCGAUGACCAAGAAGAUAUUGACGAGUCACAGGGAAUAAAGACCGAGCAGGAGUUUAACGACAACAGUGGAAACGAGGAAGGAGACCAACUUCACAGUGAUCUUGAGGAUUUCGAUCUUGUGGAAUCUGAUUGUUCAGAGUGUGAAACCAAACGAUCGUCUGCAGGUUCAAAUGAAUCUCUGGACGAAUCCAUAACCGAACUUCCAAGGGGUGUCCAUAAAUUUCUUGAAGCUCGCCUGAAACCAACUGCUUCCGUCAACCAAACGACAGAGUUCUACCUUCAAGGCCAAAGGACAACUGAGACCAAGCCAAAAAUCUGGUCGCUUGCACAGACUGCUACGUCGUUGAACCAAGCCGGUUACUCAUCAUGCAUGCACAAAAGUCAAGAGACGUCUUGCUCUGCAAAUUGUGAUACGGACAUUACAAAUAGGAAACAAGAAUCCCCAGUGGACACUUUGAGAAACUGGGUUGACGGUGUCUUUCACGACCACGUAUUUCAACACACCAAUUUAAACCGAACUUUCAGCAGCUCUACAGAGUUAUGGACCGAAGUUAUCUCACCUCAGAAUAACUACCAGGAACACUCAGGACAUUUUUCCUCUCAGAUUAAUUCAUAACUGAUAUAAAACGUAUCCAACAGGAUAUUAGUCACCUCAAUGUUAUAAACGUUAGAUUUAAAAUAUCACAGUUAAUAGUGUCGACUUGUAAGCUGCCUGUUAU